AUUAUUUCUCAAGAUAAGUAAAUUUUGAAAUGGAUAUAUAAUUUUAUCUGCGUUGAAUUAUCAAUUGUAACGCUUUUUCAACUGAAAUAUGUUUCGAAUAAUAAUUUUUUUUGGUAUUUUUGGUGCUACUCUAGCAACAGAAGACAGCGUUUUGUGUACCAGUGAUUUUUGUAAGGGAGUAACUUGUCCCGAACUACCAGAAAGAUGUAAAAUCCAAAAUUCUACUCACAAUGGACAGUUUCUGCUACAACCUUCCGAAUGCAAUUGCUGCCCCUAUUGUUUAGAAAAUUUAUGGGAAGGUGAAGAUUGUUCUAUUGGCGAUGUAUCUACUGGUAGUCCAACAACAAUUUGUGGUCCUGGUUUAGCUUGUACACCAUCAAAUCCCGAAAGUACUGACGGAACUUGUCAAAGAAUGAUUACUACUUGUACUCAACGUCAAGAUGACUUCGAUAACAAAAAAGCGAACGGCACUUUAGGUACAAUGGAAGUUAGACAAGAAUGCGACAGUGAAGGAGAGUUUGCCACUUAUAAUUGCAUUCCAGGACAAACGUGUUAUUGUGUGAAUUCUACUGGAAGUAGAAUUUUUGGGGAAAUAGAUUAUACAUCGAAGCCUGAAACACAAUUAUUUUGUAAAUGCUCAUUAGAACAUUACGAAGCGACAGUUAUAAUGGGUAAACAAUUAGGUCCUGGGGAAUAUUUUAGAUGCGCAGCCGAUGGAAGUUACGAAACUGUUCAAUGUAUCGACGAUAAAUGUUUUUGCGUCGACUCGUACGAUGGCGCCCCAACAUAUCCCGCCGAAAAAUCAGUAAAUAUAACCGAAGUUUCUAAAGACACAUUAGAAUGCUAUAAAAAAGAUGAACCUGGUAUUGUGUAUCCAGCAUGUACGGAAAUUUAUUUAAAAGUAGCAAAGGAAUAUGAGUCUUAUAAAGAAAAAGGAUACCGUGCGAUUUUAGGAUACCAAUAUCCAUCUUGUGAUUUAGACGGUACUUAUAAAGCGGUACAAGAAAAUUCUACACACAAAUUUUGUGUAGAUAAAGAAGGAUCUAUUUUGUACACAGUGGACAAAGUUGCCAAUGCCACAUUAGCUGAGAGUAUGAAUUGUAAAUGCGCGAGGGCUAAUCUAAUAAUGACGACGUUUGAAAAGGCAACUUGCGAUGAAAAUGGAAAUUAUUCAGAAAAACAAUGUAGAAGAGGGAAAUGUAGGUGUGUAGAUUACGACGGCAAUCAAGUGUGUAAAUCGACAAAUUGUGAAGUUGAUGAAAAUGAAGAAUUAAAAUGCCCAACCAGGACGCAGUAGAAGGCGAUUAAUUCCAAUUUUUUUCUUAUAAAUAAUAUUUGAAUCAAUAAAAAAAUGUACGAAAA